GGGAGGUGAUGGAAGAGAAGAGAAAAUCAGAUCCGAUCAUUCCGAUAUUUAUUUACUUUCUACUAUAUUGCGAUUUCAUUAAAAAACAGUGCAUAAAAUGGGAAAAAUUGGCCUUGUUCAGAGAUUGGCACGAAGUUGGCGAUUUUUCGCAGCCAUUUUUAUUCCCAUAAUUUUAUUACCGUUAAUUAUCGUGCCAAGGGAUGACCAAAUUAUAUUUAACAUGGCAUAUGCAAUGCUGCUUAUGACAUUUUAUUGGAUCUUAGAACUGGCUCCGUUACCAAUUACAGCGUUACUCCCACUUUUGCUCUUCCCAAUGCUCGGAAUUCAAGAUAUUUAUGCGGUUUCUGAAAAUUACUCGAAAGAGUCAAACAUGAUCUUUCUUACUGGAGUUAUCGUAGCCAUUGGUCUAGAGUAUUGCAAUUUGCAUCGAAGAAUCGCGCUACGUGUUAUGACUUUGGUUGGAGGUACGGCCGUUAGACUGCUUUUGGCAACAAUGAUCAUUACCGCUAUUUUGGCAAUGUGGUUAUCCAGUACGACAUGUGCGGUCCUCGUACUUCCAACAGUUGUAGCAUUAAUUGACGAAGUUAAUGAUAGUCCAGUGAUGAUGACAAAAGCUGAAGUGCGGAGAAAGUCUCGAGCAUCAGGAUCAACGGGAGAUCAUUUUGACCGAAAACUAUCAACUUACUCAGCCGCUCCAAAUCACUUGUUCCGAGAUCGAAGACGUUCCACAAUGUUUGAGAACUCUGCCCUGGUCGGACCACGGCGUGGGUCGUCUCCGUCAAUCUCAUGGAAUAAAUUGCAGACUCCGAGACAAAGCUUCAGCAAGAUUAACAUGCAUCCCAACUUGAUUUCAAAGAAUAUGGAAUCUCGUGCCACAACGCCGAGUGGGAGUGUCGGCAACAUUUCAGGUCAGCCAUCUCCAGCCCCUCUGAGAUCAAAGAGAGUUUCCAUCCUGAUUCACCAGUCGAGAAAUGGUGACAAUACUAAAGAUCCAUAUUCUGGGAGGGGACAAAGUCCUGAAAAUGAUGAGAAAUCAGAAGACAGCAGAGAAAGAUCUUUGUCUCCUCAACCACAUCCUUCCAUUCUGAUUCAUAAUAAUCCCAAUUUUCCAUACGGCAAUGAUUUCGAGGAGAAGAAAACCGAGAGUGAAUUGGAAGAUGAGCAGAAAAUGAAGAAUAACAUUAAAACCAUGUUUCUUCUGGGAAUUGCAUACGCUGCAAAUAUUGGCGGAACAGCGGUCAUUACGGGCGCCGGGCCGAACAAAGUUUUCAAAGAAAUUAUAAAGCCACUAAACAUUUCGCAGGACGGAAAGUACACCAACAUUACUUUCUUAUCUUGGGCUCUGUUGCAAAUUCCCCCAAUGAUUGUUAACGUUUUCAUUGCUUGGGUCUACCUGUCCUGCACGUAUCAGGGAAUUAGUUCAUUAAAACGAUGGUUUCGGGGUCACGAGUCCGAGGAGAAGGUCAUCUAUAAGUGGAGAUCUCAACAAGUUAAUGAUUAUUUGGUGCAAGAGUACGAGAAACUUGGAACCAUUACUUAUCACGAAGUUGCAGUUGGUCUCAUCUUUCUUUUCGUCAUAUUUGCAUGGAUAUUACGGGAGCCAGAAUUAUUUAGUGGAUGGGGGGAUUUUUACACUGGGGCAAAGAGUGGCGACUCUACUGGUGCCAUGAUAGGUGUUGUGUUCCUAUUUUUGCUGCCGAAAUCUUGGGAAUUUCUUUGGGGAGAUUCCGAAGAUGCAGAAUACGAACCUUUGCUUGAUUGGAAAUUUACAGCGUCCAAAUUGCCUUGGUCAGUGUUACUCCUGUUAGGAUCUGGAUUUGCUAUUGCUGAUGCCUCUGACAAAUCUGGCUUAUCAGAAUGGCUCGGAAAUGAGUUGGGCAUGUUGGGGGAUAUGCCCCAAGGGGUCCUCUUACUCAUUGUUAUCGUUGGGACGUCCGCUGUCACAGAGGUCGUAUCCGCAUAUGCCUGUGCCAACAUUAUUCUUCCCAUUAUGAUCUCAAUUUCCAAGAAAUUGGAAAUCCAUCCCCUUUAUCUCACCAUUCCUGUAGCUGUAUCUUGUUCGUAUACAUUCAUGUUACCGGUCGGAAGUCCCACGAACGCUCUUGUUUUCGCAGCAGGCAACUUUGGUUCAUUGCAUAUGGCAAGAACUGGGGUAUUUCUUAACAUAAUUUGCAUUUCUGUCCUUUAUUUGAACACAAUAACGCUGGGAAAUUACCUGUUUGAUUUUUACAAUUAUGAUUACCCAGCCUAUCCUGAUGGCGGCAGUAACGUCACUGAUUCUAUAAUGUUCUGAUUUAUUAGGGUCUCCCAAGUUUGUAAAAAAGAUCUAAAAAAGCGAAAAGCUAAAAAAUCUGAAAUCCGCUUUUUUCGCUCAAUACUUGACUGUCCCGAUUUUUUAUCGCUUGAAUACUCAGGAGGAGAGAAUGGGUGGUCAGGAAACUUUCGAGUUUCUUUUAAAAUUUAAAUUUGCUUCAUGUUGGAUAUGAUAAAACAACUAUCUAAGAUCAUGUAAAUCCAAAAAUUACCAAAAUGGGAUGAAAAUAGGAUUUUUGGCAAAGGUUUGAAUGCGGUAGUUUUAGUGGUUGCAAUGCUAUUCAGGGGGUGUGGCGGGCGCAGGUGGGGCCAUGGAGUAAAAUCCUCAUUCACUUUCCAUACACUCAUUUGCUAUUACAACAUAUCCAUAGAGCAUCAAAAUCGCGUGAUGUCCCCUUAAACAUGUCUCUGAGAGACUGAUUUUUCACUCAAAGUAGUAAAAAGAGCGAAAAAAUCAUCUUAAAGUAGAUUUUAUUUUUGAGCAGAAAAAGCGGAAAAAAGAUCGGAAUCGCAUGCGCAGUGCGGUUUACAAAAAGAGCGAAAAAAUCGUGAGCGGAAAAAGCGAUUUUUUUUAUAAAGUUGGGACACCCUAUUAUUAAAGGAGUUCCAACUUUGCAAAAAAAUCGAUUUUUUCGCUCUUUCGCAAAACGCUUUUUUCUCAAUUCCGCAUGCGAUUUCGAAAUUUUUUACAAUAUUUUUGCUUAAAAAUAAAAUCAAGGUUAACAUAAUUUUAUUUUUGGACGAAAAGAGUGAAAAAAGAACGAAAUCGCAUCGCAAUUUAGAAAAAAGCGUUUUGAGAAAAGAGCGAAAAAAGCGAUUUUUUUACAAAGUUGGGAGUCCCUAUAAUUGUAAAAUGAAGUCUAAAGAUCAAAUAGGAACCGGAUUUUCAAGUGGGACCUGAGUAUUACAAUUAUUUAACAAAUAUUUUAUGCGUACGUGUACAUAUGUACCUAUCUAUUUUAAGUUUUGUAAUUUUAGGCCUAUAAGCAAUGGAUACGCCAGCAAUAAGUUAUAUAAAUAAAUAGUUAACCUUUAUGCAAUAAAUGAUAAAAUUGUUGCACG